AUGACAUGGUUAGUGCUACGUCACAACCUCACAUUAUCACUGAGCAUAUCUCUGAGUCUUCAGAAAGCAGUUCAUCACCGGACACGUCUACUGAGCCAAGUAGGAUUCCUCCAACUGUCCUCAAAGGCUCCUACUUCAUCACCAACGCACUCACCCAAAAACUGUUCAAACUGGCUGGACUGUAACGCCAGUCUAACGGGUGUCCACCUGCAUUACAGCAUCAAGCAGCAGCUGGGGUUGGAUGAAAACUGCCAGAUAAAGCUGAAGAAGGACGCCAAACGUCUCUCUGCGGAUUAUGGAUCAUCAGACGCAGUCCUGAGGGCGGCUCGAGAGGACGACACAGCUGCAUUUGAAGCGGCUGCAGCGAAGCAUAAAAACGCUGAGCUGAGAGCCUUCCAGAAGCGUCCCAAGUCUGCGCUGUCACGGCUCUUCUCCAGGAUGAGGAGGGCCUUCACCUUCUAA